UGUUCCGGUAUUGGGCAAUCCCCUUUAACACGUCAUAUUAGAACUGCGGUCAAAGUAUUCGUAGUUUUGAGAAUCCUGUGCUGGAGUUUGGGAGAGUGGAUUUUGCGACAAGUGUUCAGAAUGAAUUUUUGGGGAGUUGUAUAUACCUUCGCCCGUCGUAAUAUUUCUACAAUGUGUGCAUGUUUGUCUUGGAAACAGUUAACUAGAGAAGGCUUGGCCAUUAAACAGAAAGUGACACUGUUCCCUUAUGAUCUUAAUAUGAAAGAGUGAGAGAGCGCGUCAACGAUCUACCAAACAGCAUGGAAGAAGAAAUUGAUGUUUCGGUUGCGGAACAGCGACUUAGAGCAGCGGGAACCGAUCCAUCAAAACAAGUGUCGCCCCUCUUCCAACUCGGGGAAUGGUACUUGAAAAAAGCAAUGGUCGUAAAAGAUGCUGCUGAUUUCACAAAGGCUGCCGCACUUUACAACGCAGUUCUGGUAAGAUCGAAACUUGCAGAUCAUGAAAUAGACGGAGAGAAAUAACCAGAAGAAUUGUUGAGACCACUCAGCAAUUUUUGCACAUUUUUGGAGGCGGUGAAAACGUCGCGCUGGACGAGAUUCGCAAUGAAAUUGAUUCUCAUAAGGAGUUCCUUGCCAACGAAAGAAAAGUCUUUAAAAAGCGUCUUAAUGAUAUCGAUUCUCGUUUUAAUAGGAGAGAUAAAACCGAAGAUCAUUAUAAGGGCCACGCAGAAAAGAUACAAGACCUUUUCCGCGACAUUCAAGAUAUGUAUAUCAGACUGGUAGCAAUGUUAGCCAACGAGUGUGAAAAUAAGCUUGGUCGACCACCCUGUGACUAUGCUAUUAUUGGCCUUGGUUCGGUGGCUCGUAUGGAAGCAACUCCUUAUUCAGAUCUGGAGUUUGCCAUUCUAUACUCAGACCCAGCCAUAGGAGACAAGAUUAACUACUUUCGCGUUCUGAGCUAUCUUCUUCAUUUAAAAGUUAUCAAUUUGGGGGAAACUAUUUUACCAGCUUUGGGAAUCGAACAGCUCAACGAUUUUGAAGACCCAAAACGGAAUUGGUUUUAUGACUCGGAAACGCCUCGAGGAAUUUCGUUUGAUGGCGCAAUGCCGUGGGCUUCCAAAACACCGCUAGGAAGAAUGGCAACGAAGAAUAAGCCCGCGUUAGAGUUGAUCAGAACACCUGAGCAAAUGGCUGAAUUGCAAGAUGAAGAAACUGCGGUGAAAGAAGGAUAUCACUUAGCUGAUAUUAUGUCCCGAGUUGCACUACUGUUUGGCGAGCAAGCAUUAAUAGCGGAGUACAAUGAACGGGUGGCCGAGAAGUUAAACACAAAAUCAACUGCAGUGGAAAGUAUAUCAGAGGGAAACUCACCGACAGUAGGCGUGAACCGAGGGAUCAAACAGCUGCUGCAUGACAUUACCAACUAUGAUCCGUACGAUUCCUUUCUUGGUAUGUCCUCUUACAUGGGCGCUGUUUUCGAUACAAAAAAGGAAUUCUAUCGUCUCAUUUCGCUAGUACUUUCCGAUUUAGGACUGAUAUUUAAUAUCAGAUCUGCCUCGCCAUGGCACGUGAUUUCAGAGUUGCAGAAUCGAGAAAUCAUCGACGAGUUCGAAUCAGCUAACGUGAAUGUGUGUUUAUCAAUUGCAAACGAAAUUCGUCUGAAAACAUACUUUGCUAAUGAGGGUCAAAAGGAAGUACUUUCGCCUGUGCCUGGAGAUGCAAAGACAGCUGCAGAGCAACGUUCCAACAAUUGUAACACAGAACAACGUAUGGAUGAUUCUCCUUUCUAUCCUGAUUUCGAUGAAGACGUGGUAGUGCGUCUUUUAAGCACUAGUUUUGAUAUGCAAAAACGAUGUGAAGAGUUUUGCAUAAAGUAUAAUAAAUGCAACGAAAUCAAUAUCAGAAUACUCCAGAAUCCAGUCUCCUAUUUCUCAAAGGCAAGUUUGAAAGGGCAUUUCUAUUUUCGUCUCCAAAACUUACCGAAAGCUUUAGAAGCGAUGGAAUCCAUACCUGAAGAUAAUAAGGAUCCGGGCACCCUUUACGGUCAAGCUCUUGUUUAUCUUCGUAAUGAAGAGAACGAAAAAAGCAUCGAAUACUUGGAAAAAGCACUGGAAGCGCAUUUCAAGAAUGAAGAGAUGUCCAAUCUUCAUGUCCUUCAAGGUAUGAGUAGUUUAGCAAUGGCACUGCUACUCUCCGGGGAGUACGAGAAAGCCAAGUUUAGACUGGAAGAAGCCAUAGUUAAACACAAUGAAAUCUAUGGUGAAGGUUCACAGACAAUCGAACUCUGUUUCUUGAUGCGCCGUCUGGCUUCCGCUUAUUCUGACCUGGGUGAUUCAGCAUUAGCUUUUGAAACCCUUCGAAAAGUUGAAAGAAUCCAGGGAAGCCUAACUUACGUUCCUGAUGAUGAAAAAAUAAAAACCUAUUACGUCAUGGCAUGUUCGCUAACUGCGAAAAAGCAAUAUUCGGAGUCACUGGAAUACUUGAAAAAAGCGCUGCAACUUAGUCACAAGUUGUUUGGUAAACAUAAUCUCAGUAUUGAAUUGGCUUCAAUCUAUAUGGGGGCGGGCGUUGUUUAUGAACGUUGUCUUCUAUAUGACGAGGCGGCGUCUUGGUACGAACGAAGUUUGGAAUUGUUCCAUUUGAUAUUUGGUAAAAAUCCUUGCCGAGGUAAAAUUGUCUGUUUGAUGCAGUUGGGAAAAUUACAUUCUCAAAGACUGGAAACGGAUAAAUGUGUCGAGAGUUUACAGAAUGCACUAAAAGAGGCGAGAAGGUUCAACCAUGACAAGCCUUAUUCCCUACAUGCUCUUGUUUUAAUUAGUCUUGGAGAGGCUAUGCAAAAAGCUAAAAAGUUCCAUGAUUCGCUUCAGCAUUUUGAAGGAGCAAAGGAAAUCAUGAGUAAGAUCCCUGCAUCUAAUGGUAACGACGGUCUUAAUGCAAAGAUUCUUUACAGCAUGGGGAACAUUUACGACGAACUUGGUAAUUUAUCCAAGGCACUUCGGUGCCUUCAAGACGCCUUCGGCCUAUAUUCCCGAUAUGUUGAAGAAGAUGAAGCUAGGAAUAAAAACCUGGCGAUGGUUUGUAUGAAUAUCGCGUGUGUUUCUCAAAUGAUGGGAAAUAUUAUACAAGCUAAGGAUUACUUCACCAAAGCCGCCGUAUUCUUCAGAAAGAUUCCGCUGACCAAACCUAUAUGCUCAUGUGCUGUGGCAAAUCUUUUUAGAUUAACCUUGGUCUGUGAAGCUAUCGGAGAAACUGAUGAAGUAUUGAAGCAUUUAGAAGAGGCGAGAGAUGUUGCGAAUGCUAUCGGGUUUAAGCAUGUCAUGGUGUUAGAUGUGUUGCACAGGUUAAGCAAGAAAUACAAUAACGAAAUGGGAUCCUUCGAUAAAUUCAAAAUUUGUUUUGAAGAAGCUGUAGAAAUGGCUAACUGUCUGCCUGAAGAGUAUGAGUCCAUGCCACCUUCACUCUUAGAGGUCAUUGACGUGCUGAAAACCUAGAUAACUUCUUUCUUUCUUAAACUGAGAAGAAUAUCAGCAUUGUAUUGUAUUUAUUUUAUUAGCUAUAUUAAGCCCAGGUUCAGCGCUCCUGAAUUAGUAUCUGAAUUUUGGAUCUUUACGACGGAUAACUGACUGAUUUUAAGUACUGUUCUAAGUGCAUGCGUGCAUUUUA